AUGACGGAUUGUGAGGUGAGGGCAGCCCUGCUUCAAAUGGCCCAUGCCAUCACCACCCAAGCUCAGGCCAUUACAGCACAAGCUAACAUGGAGGUUGUUUCUCGAGACAACCAGCAUGCUAGCACUAUGGCUAGCCUUUUGAGAGAUUUUAUGAGGAUUAAUCCUCUUAUGUUUUUCGGAUCUAAGGACAAGGCUCAGACAUGGUACAAUCAGUGGAAGGAUAGUAGGUCUUUAGGCGGUGGUCCCAUGACUUUGGAGAUCUCCAAAAAGGCAUUCAUUUAUAGAUUCUUUCCAAGGGAGCAAAGGGAAUCGUCAAGGAGGUUGAUGGUUCAUGCUCAACCAGUUGAGGAUAGCCGUCUAAGGAAGAAAAAUAGGGAAGCUAAGAAGUCAGGUUCUUUGGAAAGUGGUGCUUCUAAUAGUAGGAUUGAUAUUCAAGACAAGCCUAAGUUCAAGAAGAGGUUUUCAACUCAGGUUACUUCCAAUUUCUCCAAGAAUCGCAAUGAUAGAGGUUCUAAUCCUAAACCUCAAAGGGGGAGAAAUGUUAAUCCACCAAAAGAGAGACCGAUUUGUGGUAAGUGUGUGAAGAAACAUAUAGGUGAAUCUCCUGUUGGGACUAAUAGUUGCUAUGAUUUUGGAAAGGGUAGCCAUAUGGUGAAAGAUUGCUCUAACGUGAGAAGCCAAGUUAAGGGGAAUGACAAAACUCAGCCAAGUGGUCCUAAUUAUGAAGCUCCAAAAAUGAACCGUUUCUAUGAACUCAAGUCUAGGGGUGAACAAGAGAACUCUACCGACGUUGUGACAGUGAGGGGAUUCCUAGAGGUUUUUCCUAAUGACCUUCCUGAAGUUCCUCCCGAAUGGGAGAUUGACUUUCGCAUUGAUUAUUAUCGGAUACGAAUACCAUUUCAAUUCCUCCAUAUAGGAUGGCUAUGA